AGAAUACAAGUGUAAAUCAGGACAGACUCUGUAUUACUACAACAAAGUGACAGGAGAACGCAAGUGGCCUUGUUCUUUAAUAGGAGACAAUCAGGCCAUGAUUGGUCAGCCAGUUAUCAACAAAGACUUGUGUACACAGACAGAUAUUGGUUGUCCUUCCAGUUUAGGGCAAACCACAGAAACAACACCUCAACAAAAGCCAUUUGUUUUCCUUGCUGAAGAUGUUAAAGAUGAAGAAGACAGUAGCAUAGAUGGAGAUGGAAUUAUUGAUGCAAUGUUGAAAGUUCUUGAGGAAAUAACUGAUGGAAAUGACGCUGAACAUUUGGUAGAGUUUAAAAGUGAAAACAACAAUGAAACAACAGAUAAAUAUGUCAACAAUAAAGAUAGUGAUGGGAAUAUGGAAAGUGAAAUUCAGGGAGGAGAUGGGAAUGCAGGCACUGAACACUUAGUAAAGUUUGCAAGUGACAAUAACAACAAAACAGAAGAUAUCUCUAUUCCUGACCAUGGGCAGAAGGAGAAACGUGUGAAAUGGUCACCUUGCAAAGAGAUAGAAAAUGAUGCAAUAGUGGACAAAUAUGUACAAAUAUUUAAAGAAACGGGAAUUACAAAUAUAUCAAUUGUAAUGAACAAUACUGAGCAUUCUUUUUCUUUGAAGAUUGAUGAAGAUGAGGUGGAGAACAUGGAGCAACGAGAGAAAGGUCAUGAUUUACCAAUCGAAUUCCUUCUAUACGAGUGGUAUAACAAGAUUACCAAUGGUUCGAUCGGUACGAAUGGUAAGACUAUUCAGGCCUCAUUCAGAUGA